UCCAAUAUCAUCAGUUCACAAAAGCUCACUGAGACAGUAACACCUCAGUGCGCCAACAGCGGUCAGUCCAGGUCGCUCUCUUCCCCAUCAGCAACCCUCACCACGCUCAAUAUGCGCGCAUUCGUGGUCCUCGCGUGCGUGGCCAUGGCGGCGGCGCGGCCGGAGCCCCCGGUCGGCUACAGCUACCAGGCGCCCGGCCCGCGCUACUCAUCUGCUUCCAGCUACAACUCCGCCUCGCUCGGCCACUCCGGCGGCCACCUGGGCGGCCUCUCGCACUCCUCCGGGCUCAGCCUCGGCCACUCGGCCGGCGGCCUCUCCCACGGAGGACUCUCCCACGGCGGAUUCUCCCAGGGCAUCUCUCAGGGAGGCAUCUCCCAAGGAGGCUACAUCAGCGCCCAGGGCAGUGACUCCUUCAGCGGCGGAUACGCCGGCGGCUACUCCGGCGCUCCUCUCGUCCAGAAGCACAUCUACGUCCACGUGCCGCCCCCAGAGCCCGUGGAGCAGAGGAUCCCCAACAUCCCCGCCGUCGCUCCCCCCCAGAAGCACUACAAGAUCAUCUUCAUCAAGGCCCCGACCCCGCCCACCCCCACCGCGCCCAUCAUCCCCGUGCAGCCCCAGAACGAGGAGAAGACCCUCGUCUACGUGCUCGUCAAGAAGCCCGAGGAGCAGCCCGACAUCGUCAUCCCCACCCCCGCCCCGACUCAGCCCUCCAAACCCGAGGUCUACUUCAUCAAGUACCAGACCCAGAAGGAGAACGGUGGAAUUAGCUCUGGAAUUGGCUCUGGAAUCAGCUCUGGAAUUGGCGCUGGCAGCAGCAAUUUUGCCAGCUCUCUGUCGCAAAGCGGCGUCAGUGAGGAGGCCUCAUCCAGUGGCAUCACCAGCUUCGGCGGCGACGAGGGCGCGGCGGAGGGCGGCCACGCCAGCACGCAGUACGGACCCCCCGGCCACGUCGCUGGACCGCUCCAACACUAGGAUUAGACCAUACGAAAAUAGUGGCAAGAUAAAGCGAUGAGUUCCGUAUCACUGCAUAGUGGUAUUAACUGGCGAGUCACUCGCAUCUCGCUCUCUUGAACGUCGAGGAUCUCUUCGAGCCGUCACCACCAUGUACAUAGACGGCUGCGUCGCCCGGUGCCCAGUGCCAGUGACCAGUGCGAGCGACUAUCGGCAGUAUUGCUCAAAGUUUUAUUUUAUCACAUAUCCUCAUUGUUAUUAGUGCACAGUGUUAAUUUAAUGAUGUUCGAAAGGAGGAAUUCGCUUGGACUGUUACAUAAUUAUAUAGCUUUUUAUUUUUUGCAAUAAAAAUGUGUAAUGCA